AUGCUUUCCCGUCAGCCUAUCCUGCGCGCUGCCCAGAGGGCCAGCAUCCGAUCUCCCGUCGCCCGCAACUUCGUCCAGCGUCGAUUGAACAGCUCGACUCCUCACGAUAACGAGUUCCUCCGUGAGAGAGCCGCCGUUAAGGCUCACGCUGCCUCCACCAGCGAUUUAUGGCGCAAGCUAUCCAUCUACGCCGUGAUUCCCACCCUAAUCCUCGGUUCCAUCAACGCAUACAACCUCUGGACUGAGCACUGGGAGCAUUGGUCUCAUAUGCCUGCUUUGGAGGACCGUGUCGAGUACCCUUACCAGAACAUCCGAACCAAGAACUUCUUCUGGGGAGAUGGUGAUAAGACUCUCUUCUGGAACUCCGACGUCAACUACCACAACAAGGACAAGACCACUUAA